CCCCCAUAUAUCACGGAGGUAUAAAUAUAUGGUUUAGUUUGGAUUUAGGUUCUAAAGUUGUCUUGCGGGUUGCAAGAUGAUAGGAAAAACCAUUCAACUUGCUUUCUCUCUCUUCUUUUUCUUCAUAGUGAUUAUUACAAUUAUUUCCAGGAGAGGAAUGGCCAUGGCACCAAACACAACAACAGUCCAAGUGAAGGUAGGAGUGGUUCUUGACAUGAACACUUGGGUUGGUAAGAUGGGUUUGAAGUGUAUCUCCAUGGCCCUCUCAGAUAUCUAUUCCUCUCAUCCUCAUUUGAAAACCAGGCUGGACCUCCACGUCAGGGAUUCCAAGAAUAAUGUUGUUGGUGCGGCUGCAGCAGCUCUGGACCUACUGAAAACUGAGAAAGUGCAAGCCAUCAUUGGGCCAUUGACAUCCAUGCAAGCAAAUUUUCUAAUUCAUCUUGGAGAAGAAGCUCAUGUCCCCAUUCUUUCUUUCUCUGCAACAAGUCCUUCCCUCUCUUCUCUUCGGAGUCCAUAUUUUUUCCGAGCUGCUCUAAAUGACUCAUCUCAAGUACAACCCAUAACUUCUAUAAUUCAAGCCUUUGGAUGGAAAGAAGUUGUACCCAUUUACAUAGAAAAUGAGUAUGGAGAAGGGUUGAUUCCAUUUUUGACCAAUGCAUUUCAAGAAAUUGAAAUUCGCGUUCCAUACAAAAGCACAAUUCAUCCCUCUGCCAAUGAUGAAGAAAUCGUUGCAGAACUUUACAAGCUCAUGACUAUGCAAACCCACGUUUUUGUCGUACACAUGACUCGCUCUCUUAGUGAUCGCUUAUUUACCAAAGCAAAUGAGAUUGGGAUGAUGAGUGAAGGGUAUGUCUGGAUCAUAACUGAUGGGAUCACCAAUUCGUUGAAUUUUUUCAACCAUUCGGUCAUCAUAGAUUCGAUGCAAGGGGUGAUUGGUGUAAAACCACAUGUUCCAAGAAGUAAAAAGCAUGAAGAUUUUAUUAGCAAGUGGAAAAAUAAAUUGAUGAAUAGUGAUUUAAAUGUUUUUGGGUUGUGGGCAUAUGACGCUGCCAUAUCGCUGGCAAUGGCCGUUGAGAAAGUUGGUGCGCUGAAUUUGAGUAUUUUGAACCUUCCUAGAAAUUCAGCCCAUUUUGAUAAUGUCGGAGUCUCUGAAACAGGUAUUUAUCUUUGCCAGGCUCUUUCAAGCGUUAGAUUUAGAGGACUCAGCGGAAAUUUCAGUUUUGUCAAUGGGCAACUACAAUCGUCUGCUUUUGAGAUUGUGAAUGUGAUCGGAAAUGGGCCACGAGUGAUUGGGUUUUGGAUGCCAGAACAUGGAAUUGUGAGAGAAUUCAAAUUUGAGGUCGUGAAUACCACGUACAAUUAUUUGACAUCGAAGGCCAACCUUAAAGCUAUCAUAUGGCCAGGUGAUACAACACAUGCUCCAAAGGGAUGGGUGGUGCCAACAAAUGGAAAGGUGUUGAGAGUAGGAGUUCCAGUGAAGAAUGGUUACAGUGAUUUUGUGAUGGUGACAAAAGAUGCUAUCACUAAUACGACGAAGGUCACUGGGUAUUGCAUAGACGUCUUCGAUGCUACAACGGCGGCGCUUCCAUAUGCGGUUCGGUACGAGUAUAUUCCCUUUGAAAGGGCUCCUGGAGGGAAAGCUGGUUCUUAUUAUGACAACAUGGUCUACCAAGUUUUCCUUGGGAAAUUUGAUGCUGUGGUUGGAGAUGUUACAAUUAGAGCUGAUAGGUCCAAGUACGUGGACUUUACACUUCCAUACACAGAAUCAGGGGUGACAAUGAUAGUGCCUUUCAAACACAAGAAUUACAAAAAUGCAUGGGUUUUUUUGAAGCCACUGACUUGGGAUCUAUGGGUAACAAGUACUUGUUUCUUUGUGUUCGUUGGUUUUGUGAUUUGGAUUCUUGAACAUCAAAUUAAUGAUGAUUUCAAUGGGCCUCGUCUGCAUCAAGUCACCACCAGCGUCUGGUUCUCUUUCUCUACCAUGAUUUUCUCUCAAAAGGAGAAAGUAGUAAGCAACUUGGCGAGGUUUGUGGUGAUCAUUUGGUGUUUCGUGGUCCUAAUUUUAACUCAAAGUUACACAGCUAGCUUAACUUCAAUGUUGACAGUUCAUCAACUAGAGCCAUCAAUUACUGAUAUGAGAGAGCUUAUAAAUAAAGGGGAAUCAGUUGGUUACCCAAAAAUCUCAUUUACUUAUGAACUCUUGAAACGAAUGAACUUCAGUGAUUCUCAACUUAAGGGCUAUAAUACUGUAGAAGGAGACUUGGAUGUUGCUUUUUCGAAUGGGAGUAUCGUUGCUGCUUUCGAUGAAAUUCCUUACUUGAAACACUUUAUUGGAAGACACUGCUCAAAAUACACCAUGGUUGCACCUCCCCAUAAGACUGGCGGCUUUGGCUUUGUGUUUCCAAAAGGUUCCUAUUUAGCGCGUGAUGUAUCAGCUGCAAUCUUGAAUGUGAUUGAAGAAGAAAAAAUGUCUGAAAUAGAAAAGACUUGGUUUGGGCCAAAUAAUAGUUGUCCAGACUCUAGCAGUAUGGUGUCUUCUACUAGUCUAAGUGUUGGAAGCUUUUGGGGGCUAUUUCUCAUAGUUGGAGUUGCUUCUUCUUUUGCUCUCAUUAUAUUUAUGGCUAUGUUAGCUUAUGAGCAUAGGGUUUUCUUGGUGCACUUGGAUCUCAAAGCUUUGUGGAGAAAGUACAUUCUCAAACAUGAAGAAUCUGUCACUGAUACCCACCAAGAUCAAACAAGUCCAUCAUCAUCAGCCUUGUCAAUCGCUCCAUCAUUGCCUACUCAAUGCUCUCCCGCUCAAUCAAUUGUUUCAUAUGACACCGAUGAGACUUUCAUUCAUUUCGAAGGACAAGAAACUCCGAUGGCUGUUGUGGAUUCUCACAAUCCAAAUUCAGUGAGGCAAACACCAUUAUAGAUUAAGAGACAUUAUUAAGAAACCAAUCAUCAUUUAUCACAUGAUGACUUUCAAAAUAAUGAAACAUUUUUGUGUGUAAAUUUCAAAUAAAAGUGUAAUAAAUGACUUCCAAAAAAAUUAUAUUGAAAAAUAUUAUCGAUUAAACAAUGAAUAA